UCUUAUUUGAACAAUUUUCUCAUUUAAAUAUCUCCACCCUACAGCUCUACACAUAUACUAAAGUAAAAUUGAAACUACUUUUCUUCUUCUUCUCAUUACAAAAAACACUUUGGAGGACAUUGAAGAAAAAGAAAAAGAAGAGCUAUGGUUCAUAAUUUGGUUGCUGUUUCUCUUCAACUCCCACAGCUUAUCAUCAAUCCAAAUUACAAGCUUACAUCAAAAUGUUAUGUUCAUCACAAAAAGAAGCAUUACUAUUAUUAUUAUUCUAAUUUCAUUUGCUUUGCAUUGAAAAAGAAUAAUAAUAGUAAUUGUAGUAAUAAUAAUAAUCAAAAUCAAAAUCCUCCAAUUUUCUCUCUCAAAUUCUCCAGUUUCCAUCCACUUUCUGAAUCUCCUCAGGCUUCCUUUGAUGAUUACAUUGAAGAUGAAGGUAGAUUGUUGAGAGCCACUUUUGCUGGAAAAAGUGAAAAAAUCAGCCAGGAUGGUUGGAGAGUUGAAAUGCCAACUUUCCAAGUGCUUUUCUUGAAGGUGAGCCCAGUAGCCGAUGUAAGAUUAAGUUGCAAAAGCUGUACAAAAGAUACCCCUAUUCAUAUUCCUCACAAUGUCUCCAAAUUUAUUGACCUUCAAUUGAUGGGAUGGGAAUUGAAGGGAUUGAGCAAAGAUUUCAAGGAACCAAAGAUAAGAAUCAAUGUAAAAGGAGCAAUGUAUGCAGAGAGAACAAAAUCAAAAAGUGUUCUCGCAAAUAAUUUGCUUCUGAAUCUUUACAACUUGGCUCCCCCAAAACCCAUUGAUUUCUUUGCACAAGAUUUCCUUCAACCUCUUGCUGAAAAGGGAUUGAAGGGAAUGAUGGAAGAAGUAAUGAAAGAAUUUGCAGAAAAUUUGCUAUUGGAUUACAACAAAUACAAGAAGGAGAAACAAAAGAAGAAUGAAGUGGUUCCUUCCACUUCCACUUCCACCCAUUUAUAGCUAAUUAUACUCUUCCCUAUUUUUCUCAAAUUCAACACCAUCAACCUUUUUCCAAUAUUAUUGUAAAACUAUUUGCAAAGUUAAAUCAAUUUUUCAAAUAUAUAUAUAAAGAUCCACUUUUUUUUCUUUAUUUAUUUAUAAAAUAUACUUGUUGUGUU